AUGUUGUUCGAGGCAUUGUUGUGCGCCACCCUUCUCGCAGGUGGUAACUGCCAGAAUGCUACGACUUACACCAACCCAGCUGUACCAACUGGUGUACCGAUUGAAGGCAAUUAUACAGGCGGCCUGAGACCUCAAGUUCAUUUCUCCCCUCCUCAACACUUCAUGAACGACCCCAAUGGUAUGUUCGUUGAUGCCAAUGGAACAUGGCAUUUAUACUAUCAAUACAAUCCCACGGGCGCCACGGCCGGCAACCAACACUGGGGCCACGCAACUUCAGAUGACCUCUAUCAUUGGGUCAACCAGCCCAUUGCCCUGUUCCCACCUGAGGAGUCGGUCUAUGUUUUUUCCGGUUCUGCAGUCGUCGAUGUCAACAACACUUCUGGGUUCUUCCCCGAUCAGGACAACGGUGUGGUAGCUAUCUUCACAUUGGCUCGCUACUACGAAGACGGUUCCGCUGGACCGCAAACUCAGAACAUUGCCUAUUCGCACGAUGGCGGUUACACCUUCGAGUAUUACGACGGGAAUCCCGUGAUUGACAGCACCAGCAGCCAAUUCCGAGACCCAAAGGUUAUUUGGUACGAGGAUCACUGGGUUGCAGUCAUCGCCUUUGCUCAAGAAUUCGUGGUGGGCAUUUACACCAGUCCUGACCUGAAGACCUGGUCCCAUGCAUCAAAUUUCUCCCACCACGGCUUACUCGGCGCCCAGUAUGAGUGUCCUAAUCUUGUCAAGAUGCCUGUCAGAGAUGACAGCGGGGCCGUUGUGGAUCAGAAAUACGUUAUGACGGUAUCGGUGCAGCCCGGUGCACCUUUGGGAGGCUCCAUCACCGAAUACUUCCCCGGCGACUUCAACGGCACGCACUUCACGACUUUGGACGCCGCAACCCGCCUGACUGAUUUUGCCAAGGACAAUUAUGCUGCGCAGUAUUUCUAUGGAGUCCCGGAUGGUGAAAACGCGGUCAAUCUCGGCUGGGCCUCUAACUGGCAGUAUGCCCAGCAAGUCCCCACAGGCAAUCUCGAGGGCUGGCGAAGUGUCAUGACUCUCCCGAGAGCCAACUAUCUCACAAACGCAACACGCAUCGGCUGGGUCGUCAUCAACGAACUGUACGACCCAAGCCCGGUUCUCGAUUCGGCUUUGAACGAGUCGACAAUUGGCAAUGGAAGCGUUGUGGUGGACUACUCUGAUGUGGAGUCCAACGCUCUGUACAUUGAGGCCAAUGUAACAAACAUCAACACCACGCAGCUGACUUCCUACUCAACACUAAACAUCUCGUUCACAUCCUCAGCUUCGGGAGAGACAAUCCGAUCUGGUUUCUACUUUGGUGGCGACAACCCAUUCUUCGUGGACCGUGGCCUGAUCCGGGGUUUCGACAACGUCUUCUUCACCGACAAGUUCAGCACCGCGGACGUGUACAACAACGGAUCGGGUCUGCAAUCCUGGAAUGUGCAGGCGUUUAUUGACCGUAGCAUCUACGAGGUCUUUGUCGACGGUGGUGUGCACGCUGCUACGGUCCUGUUCUUCCCCACACAGCCGCUGACAACCGCUGCUGUUUCCGCUAGUAACUUGCCCUCUGGUGCCGAGGUCAGCAUUGCGGUUUGGUCUGUCAAGAGCGCCUGGGCCGAGUACGAGGAUGAGAAUGGAACCGUUGUUGGUAAUGUGACGGAGACGGCUGAUUCGACGAACACGAAGAGGCACAUGAUGUAUGAAAGCAAGUUCAUGGUUUGA